ACGGCUGAAUGGGACUCUGAGUGCCUUACAUCCCUGCAGCCCUUGCAGCUGCCACCACCCCCAGCGGCCAGUGACGCGCAUCUGCAGACCGCAGCCAUCUCCCUGUGGACGGUGGUGGCUGCUGUGCAGGCCAUAGAGAGGAAGGUGGACGUCCACAGCCGACGGCUCCUGCACCUGGAAGGCAGGACAGGGACGGCCGAGAAGAAGCUGGCCAGCUGUGAGAAGACAGUGACCGAGCUCAGCAACCAGCUGGAGGGCAAGUGGGCCGUGCUGGGGACGCUGCUGCAGGAGUACGGGCUGCUGCAGCGGCGGCUGGAAAACCUGGAGAACCUGCUGCGCAACCGGAACUUCUGGAUCCUGCGGCUGCCCCCGGGAGUUAAAGGAGAGAUCCCAAAGGUGCCUGUGGCAUUUGAUGAUGUCUCCAUCUACUUUUCCACUCCAGAGUGGGAAAAAUUAGAAGAAUGGCAGAAGGAGCUUUACAAGAAUAUCUUGAAGGGCAACUACGAGUCUCUCAUCUCCAUGGAUUAUGCCAUGAGUCAACCUGAUGUCUUAUCUCAGAUUCAACCAGAAGGAGAACAUAACACAAAGGACCACGCAGGCCCAGAGGAGACUGAGAUUCCUGCGGUCCCCAGUGAAGAGCCUGGACUUUCAACAUCAGAUAUUCUGUCUUGGAUCAAACAGGAGGAGGAACCUCAGGUUGGGCCCCCCCAGGAGGCCAAGGAGAGUGAGGUGUACAAAGGCACUUACACGGAGGAGGAGCUUGUCAUCAAGUCCGAAGGCCUUGCUCCAGCCACCUUGUGCCCCGAGGUUCCAGUUGCCUUCUCUGUUGCCCCCACAGCAGUGGCAAAGGAUGUUUUCUCAGAUGUGGCUUUCAAAAGCCAGCAGUCCGCACCCAUGACACCUUUUGGACGUGCGGCCACUGACCUGCCCGAGGCCUCAGAAGGACAAGUGACAUUCACUCAGUUGGGAAGCUACCCGCUCCCGCCUCCUGUCGGGGAGCAGGUAUUCUGCCACCACUGUGGCAAGAGUCUCAACCAGGACAUGCUACUGACCCACCAGUGUGGCCAUGCGUCCGAACACCCUGGGCCCUGUGCCCAGUGCCCAAAGCACUUUCCCGUGCAGCCAGACCUGGGCAGCGCCUCCCAGGAGCACGCCGGCGAGACGCCCCCCACCUGCCCGCACUGCUCCCGGACCUUCACACAUCCCUCGAGACUCACCUACCACCUGCGCGUGCACAACAGCGCUGAGCGCCCUUUCCCCUGCCCGGACUGCCCCAAGCGCUUCGCCGACCAGGCUCGGCUCACCAGCCACCGGCGUGCACACACCAGCGAGCGACCCUUCCGCUGCUCACAGUGCGGCCGCAGCUUCAGCCUGAAGCUCAGCCUGCUGCUGCACCAGCGGGGCCAUGCACAGGAGCGCCCCUUUUCCUGCCCGCAGUGCGGUAUCGACUUCAACGGCCACUCAGCCCUCAUACGCCACCAGAUGAUCCACACGGGCGAGCGGCCGUACCCGUGCACAGACUGCAGCAAGAGCUUCAUGCGCAAAGAGCACCUGCUCAACCACCGGCGGCUGCACACGGGCGAGCGGCCCUUCCCCUGCUCCCACUGCGGCAAGAGCUUCAUCCGCAAGCACCACCUCCUGAAGCAUCAGCGCAUCCACACGGGCGAGCGGCCCUACCCCUGUGCACUCUGCGGCCGAAGCUUCCGCUACAAGCAGACGCUCAAGGACCACCUACGCUCAGGCCACAGCGGGGGAUGCCCAGGCGACAGCAACCCUUCUGUGCCGCCACCUGAGCCGCCUGGGCCGCUGCUUCCUGCGCUAGAAGCCUCUGGCCUGGGCGUCAGCACGGAAGCACUAGAGACCAGUCAGUGGUAUGGGGACGGGAGCGGAGGGGGGUUGCUGUAGCUGCAGGCUCACAGCAAGCAGAAAGUCCGGCCUAAAGCUGGGGGCCCGCCACCCACAGUAAUUAUUCUCCAGCACGUCAAGGAAUUCAGGGUCCUCCACACGCAACUACUAUUUCAGAACUUCACAGCUGUGCAACAGUACCAUAUCUUGAAAUCCAGAAAAACCAGGAAAUGAACCCAGCAUCCCCAUCUUUCCAAAGAUACUACAAAAGCAGAAGUUAGGAGACUGUUGCAGAGAGUUUGGGAAGCCAGGUUUGCCCUCUGGCUGUCUCAUCGCGGGGCGGCCUCGGUGAGGUUUAGACCAUGUCUGUGUCGGUAGAGACGUGUGAGGGGGAGCCUUAGAGCUUGAAGCCCGUCCUGAGGCAGGUGAAUGUGGAAGGCCUUUCACUGGUUUGUUAGUCGAGAUGGCUGUCCGAAAAAUGUCCUUUAGCCACUGCUUACCUUGCUGCCUCCUGUAAAAGCUCUGUCCACACCCGUGUAGCUGCCUAUCUGUCCCUGAAACACAAGGACUCACGACUGCCUUCUUGGGGGUCCUAGGUUGUCUUCUCGUACAUUUGUUUGAUAUUGGGUGAACAAAAAAAUCUGAUUGUAAUAGCUUAUUUAAGAGAACAGUUCUUAACUUCUGCUGGCUUGGUUCUAACAUUCAGGCUUUUAUACUGGCAUUUACUACCAGAAAUCUUUGUAAAGGUCCCAGCGAGAAGCUGGGGGCAGAGUUCUCAGCCAGUUUGAAAGCUAGAGACCCCAAGAAAUACCUGCCGUGACAAUGACAGAGCAGCCUGAAAUCUGCGCCUGACCUGUGUUUCUAGAGCACUCACAUCUGCCUUCCUUUUUCCAGGCCAGUGAGCUGAGUUUUCAGUUCCCAGUGUCCGAUUUUCUUGACAGUCACCAGCAGCAGAGAUCACAGUGCCCUCCUCAAGUACAAAGGGGUUUCAGGACGUGCCCCGGGCUGGGCUUGCAGUUCCUCAGGAGAGCUGCAGCAGUGUGGUGGUGUUCUCAAGCCAUCCAGGAGAGCACCUGUUCCUCCCAACUGCCCUGCCGCAUGGGCACCUCCUAGAUCCCUGAGAGCCACCCCCUGUACACAAGAUAGCCGUGGUGCCUAUUACGCUUUUUGGUGCCAUGGCUACCACACGUUCUAUUCUUGGGGUCACUCAGACCCUGGGAUGAUUUGAAUCUAGUUCUACCCCUGAGUGUCUUUACAGCUUCAUACUAGUUCCCUUCCCUUUCUAGUGCUCAAAUUUGCAUCUGCAAAGUGAUACUGUGAGCUGAGCCUGGUUGUGCAUACCUAUAAUCCAAGUACUGGGGAAGCAGAGGCAGGAGGAUCACUAUGAGUUCAAGGCCAGCCCGAACUAUAGAGAGAGAGAUUCUGUCUCAAAAAACAAAAGAGACCCCCACACACCACCACCUGCAUGAGGGGGUGGUGAACCACUAGAAAUUUAAAAAAAAAUCUGGUGAUACAUUUCCUUCUGCCAAAAUCCUGUCUCUGCUUUCGGCUUCUGUCCAAGUGAAGCCAAAUAAGACAGCAGAAUCAAAGCAGAGGAGUUCUUGCAGAAACUUGACUGAAAUCAAUUUGAUUUGUUUUGCUCUUGUUUUGUGCCUGAGGGAGAAGACAGAGAAUGUAGGAGUGCCAUAUCUUGGGUGAAAAGUUGUUUCUUAUACCCUCUAGUUCCCCCUAAAUCUACAGUAUUAGAAGGAGGUGUGGGACUUCAACAGGAUAUUCUCCCAAUAAGCGAUAAAGACUUGUGUUCUUACCACCGAGUCUAGGCUUCCCUCUGCCUCACUGUUCAUUACCACGCCAGGAAAGGGUGGCAGCCCAGCUGGCUGUGCUCCUGAGAAGGCUGUCUGAACACGCCGCUUGGGAAGACAGUUACAUUCCUAAAACACCGCUUUGUGACAUUCACCAUUCCAGGGACCACAGGAGACGUGAGGACUGCCUGAGGCCUGGCCUGCUGUCAUAACCUCAUUUUUCUUAAACAAUGACAAAGCCCAAGGGUUUAGACAACGACAAGCCAGGCGGUGGGCAGAACCCUGGAGUAUUGGGAUGAAAAGUUUUCUAGCCAGGAUCUAGCCCUCAUCAUGGGAAAAUUGGGUAGUUCUGAGCAUCCCAGAACCAGGGUUCUGGCUUUAUUGGUGACCAGUAGGACCUUCAGUGUGUUUUUCAGGUCUGUAAUGCACCUUGCUUCCCACAAUGAAAAGGAAAGAGAAUCCUACUCGAGUAUUUCUUUUAGGUGGUGAGCUAAGAUCCUAAAAAUCCUUUCCAAAUGGAUCCAAGCAUCUUCCAGGCUAUGCUGGAGAAGGGAUUCUUACACGAGGUAUGAUGUGGGAUUAGGUUAUAGUUCAGAUUCUUUUUUUUUUGUUUGGUUUUUUUCUUUUUUUUUUUUUUCUGGUACCAGUUCAGAUUCAUUUUAAACCAAAAGAUUUACUGAGGAUGCACAACUUAGUGCUAAAGUGCUGCAGAUAAAUCCACAGCCCGUUCUGCAAGGAAUGGUAGCCAGCAGAGACCCAGGCUUUCUCAGAAAGUGAACACGGGUUGCAUUCCAGGGCGACAGGAGCCACAAACCUGAGUGUGGAGGGCAGUGUGCAGGGCCAUCUCAGAAGGAUGGCAGGAAUGUGGGGUUCUAGUUCUGGGACAAAGCAGGGAGUUCAGCCGUUUGUGUUACAUUCUCCUUUCCCUCCAUCAGGCCCCUACCACAUAGAACUCCAGGCCACUCCUAAAGAAUUUAUUUGCUAAAGAUUCAAAAGUAGAUUGGUGAAAAGCUAAGGUAAAGUCCAACAGAAAGCUUUCAGUGUGUGCCGGAGAACCUGUUGGUCCAGCAGGCACUCCUGGGAGAAACCAUGCAUCUAACGCUGUGACCGAGGGGGCCCAGAGGCCUGCUUGCUGGAGUGGAUGCAACUCGGAAGAGGAAGCCUCACAGCUCUUCACCUGCCCGCCCGCCUUUUGGAUUGUCACAGCACUGUCGCCGUGCCAGUGGGGUGCGGGGGUUCACUCACCAGACUGGCUCUCUUUGCUAGCAUUUUCACUGACACCAUUGGGUGAGCCUCUGGGUCAGCCAGAAAUACGAAAAUAAAUGGAAGUUGGUUGAUGGCCUAGAAAGUGAAAGAAGACUCGUCCUUUCCUGCUGGACACCACGACUGCAAACACCUUAGCAGAGCUCUAGCUAGAGCCAUUCCCUGCAUGACAUGCCUCGUUCCUAAUAAAGUGCAUACAAACUUG